UUAUUGAAAAAUCAUACUAGAUAAAAUAUUUUGAUAAUUAAAAAUAUUUUUUUGUUGUACAUAUGACUUCAAUAAUAUAGUAUUGAUGUGAAAAUUAAUUUUAAAAAAUAUUAACAUUUAUCAUUAUGACAUGUAUUAAAAUUAUUUGAUAUCAUGUGUACAUUGUUUUUAGUUUGUGCAACAAUUGUUAUUGGACAUUCGGUAAAUUUCUCUCUGCUUUCAGAUUUAUUAUUUCAUUUAUUUAAUAUAUAAGCUUGAUUUCUUAUGCAUUAGUAAAAUUACACAAUCAUGUAAAAUUUGUAUGAAAUAGAAUAUGUAUGAUUUUAUUAAAAGACCUUAAGUUGAAUAGACAUACUACUAUAGAAGACGAAAUAGCAUGGAUAUGAAUUUUUUUUAAUAAUAUUUUUAUAUUAACAAUUUUUAUUAUAACAAAUAACGUAUAGAAAAUAACAAAUAAAAUGCCUUAACUGAUAUUUUAAGAAAAUUUGUGUUUUCACACUAUUUUAAAAGUACAAGUGUUACUAAUUGACAUUGAACAUUAUUUUUCAUUAUUGCCUGAUCAAACAAGUGUUACUUUUUAUUCAUAUGCGUUGCCAUACGAAAAAAUUCCAACCUAAAAGACAUUAAUAAAUAAAAAUAAAUUAUACUAUUUAGACUUACAUUGUUUUGAUAAAUAAUGUUGCAUUUAAAUUAUUUUGUUCUGUUAUAUUGCUAGGCUUUGUUUUUUUUUGAAUUCUAGGUAUUGGACGAUAAAUAAUUAUUAUAUUGGUAGCAAUAUCACCUUUUGUUCCUAUAAUAUAUAUGAUACAGUAUAUUAAUCAUGGAGAAGUAAAAACUAAAUACCUGGACUUAUUUCAAAUUGACAUUUAUCACCUUGUUUUACUUCAGGUUUAAAGCUGCUUUUGAUGAUAUUGGAUUUAUGAAAAAAGAUUUCUUUCUUUUCUUUGUUUUCAACAUUGAAACUAUUAUUAUGAAAGAAUAACAUUAUUUCUUAUUAAUAUAAUAUUGAAUGUUGACUUUUUUCGUAUUAUCUUAAUAGUUUGUUAUUAAUGUAUUUCACAAAUUUAUGGAUUUUUAUCUGAGAUAUUUUUAUAUAAAUUAAUUUCUUCUAGUACUUACACUUUUAUAAAACCAAAAUUACGUUUAUGAAAAUAUUUAACUAUUGUUCCUUUAUGCAUUUUUGACACAUUAUUUGUAUUAGCUGAUACGGUUUCGAUAUUUUCUAUCUAAACGAUUUAGAAUUUUCUUUAAAUUUAUUGUUAUUUUAAAUGUACCUGUGACAUAUUUGAGUAGUUUUUAUGAAUUUAAAAGGUUUUUUUUAAAUAUUUUGAUUUAAAUAAAUUGAGCGACAAUCUAUAUCUAAAGACGUUAAACACUUGUACUAUACGAAUAGAAUUUUGAUAUGAAGUCUAUCGACUAAUGAGAUUUCUACAUUUCAAAUCGAUCAAUAGAAUAUAAUUAGAUUAAUCAUAUAUGUCACAUGUCUAGACGUUUAAAUUGAAUGUUUCAAAGAUUAUGUCAUUUUGUUUUUAAUAUUGAAAACAUUAUGCGUAACAUUAUUAUUUCAAUGACAAAUUAUUUUUAUAUAUUAAUUAAUAAUAAUUCGUAGACUUCAUAAAGCUUAGUUUUAUAUAAUAAAAAAUAAUGAAUUUAUAACACUAUAUCGAUGUAUCUAUCACAUAUGCAUCAAAUAUAUAUGCUUUAAUUUUAUUGAGAUGAUGAAUUUAGAUUUAGUGGUAAAUUUAAAAAUUUUUUUUUUACUUUUAAUAUGGAAAAUAUUAUUGAUAACAUUAUUUUUAAAUUGAAUACGAAAAAAUGUAUCAAUUUAUUAUCUCUCUAUAUAUAUACAUAUGAAUCGGAAACGGAUUUAAAUCUAGUGAAUAAAAUUUUUUUUUUGCCUUUAUAAUUCCCACAUUCAUAUUUUUGGUAAAGAUAGAAAAGGAAAUUUAACGAUUCUCAUUUUGUUAAAUAAAUUUUUUUUAAGUUUCCUUUUAAAUUAAAAAUACAUGCCAGUAGAAUGUUGUAUAUUAAAAGUUAUAAAUAGUCAAAUUAUUAUACGCAAAUAGAAUAUCUAUUUAGGUUUUUUUUUGGUUUUUAUUCCACUACGAUAUUAUUUUACUGAAUGUGGAAAAAAUAUUAAAUAUUGCAUUAAUAUUUAAAAUAUGAUUUAGAUUACACAAAAAGGUGUCAGCUGAAUGAUGAUGCUUAUGAUUAUUCGAUUUAAAUAAGUUGUUUAAUUUAGUUUCUUGUAUUAUUGUAAAAUACCUUUCGUUUCUGAUAUAAUUAUAAUUUUUCUUUAAGAUCUACAAUUUUAGUAUAUACAAUGAAAAAAAAUUCAAUAAAACAACAGAAAAAAAAAUCAACAAUUUUAUCAAAGACUGUUUAUCAUCAACGAUAUUCUUUGUUAAAUACAUUCCUAUUCUAAUACUUGAUCAUAUAGGUUCAUAUUUAAAUGGUUCCGAUGCUUUAUCUUAUGCUGAUUGUAUUACAAAGUUUGCUUUACUUUCUGAAAGAAAAUUUUGGCAAUCUCUUGGUCCGUAUAAAAAUGGAAAAUAUUGUUUUUCUCAUCCUUUACCAAAACAAAACUUUAAUUCCAUUUCACCGGAUUACUUUAUACAAAGAUUAUCUGAUCGUCAAUAUACUCGUUUUUAUUAUCUUGCUUUUUUACCAUCUAAUUUAGAAAAAAUGACGAGACAUUGUAAUACCCAAUCAUUUCGAACAUUUGUGCGAUUAUAUUUAUACUCAACACAUUUCUAUGCGUCUACAAUGCCUAUAUAUACCUUUCUUGAUUAUUCAUUUAUAUAUCAAUAUAGAUCAUUAAACAAAUUAGAAAAAAAAUUAUUUCGUACUUUACGUAUUGGAAAUUUGGAGCAAAAUCCAAUUAUUGUUACUAGCAUUUCUCGAAUUGAAAAAAAUUUAAAUGAAAGAUUUUGCUUUCAUUUAACUCUUGGAUUUUAUCAAGCAAUAGCAACACGUACCUUCAUCAGUUAUAAAUUAACGCACGAUAUUCAUGAUGUUGAUCUUUAUAUUGAUCGCUGUUUCAAAUACAAUUUACGUGGUUUCACAUGGCUUUGUCCUAUGGACUUCGACGAUAUUAUAGCACAGAAGCCUGUAGUGUGUACUGCAAAAGCCAUUGACUAUGGUUUUAAUGACUUUUAUUUUAAUGUUGAUUCAUUCGGAAUCCAAAAAAAAUGUCUUGAUUUGUAUCCAGUUGUUGAUGAUGAAUAA